AUGGAACUGAUCAAAACUGGAAUAGCUUUGUUUCUUUUGUCGUUUUGGUUACUGGUCCUGGCUGAAGAACAGGAAGAGCAAAUUUGCGAUACACGAGAAUUAACACAACAGUUCAUCAAAGUACCGGCAAAAGUAUCGAGUUGGACGAGCUCCACGCCACUGGAUCUGUAUCAUUGCAAUGGAUUUGACUACAGCGUAGCGCACAUAUUUAUGGAUGUUUAUUUGCAAAUUAAUCUAACAAACGAGGACACUUAUCAACUGUAUCAGGGCGAGAAUUGUUCACAAAUGCUACAGCACUAUCGCGAUGAUCAGCGUCUUUGGGGCCUUGUGCGUCGUGUAAAAUUGUUACGCUCCAAACAGCUAAGUCCGUUUCAAAGCACCGUGGUUGGCAUCAGAACGCAGCGCCCGUAUGCUGUGAAAUUGCGAGUGUGGAUAAAGGCACAAUUUUUGCCAUUAAUUUCAGAAAUCAAUUACAUGCGCUUGGCAGUUUUUCUCGGCGGGCUGGCGUUAUUCGUAAUGUCUCAAACGUUGGUUCGAAAUGCUUUCUUUUACUACACAAGUGGUUGCAUGAUUGGCGUUCUUGCUUCCCUUCUGAUCGUUGGAUUCGUUGUUUAUCGCUUUACACCAAAGGUUCGAGCUUUUGUAAUUUUAUGA